AUGGGCCCUCCGAAGCGCAGAGUCCUCGCUACAGCAGAGGAGACCUUGUUCCCCCCACCAACGCUGCCUGAGGAACACCAAAUCGCCCGCGUAAUCAAAGCGGCAGGGAACAAUCUGUACUCGGUAGAAUUCCCUUCAAAACAGGUGGUCUUGGUGGAAUUGCCUGCCAGGUUCAGAUCGACCAUCUGGAUGAGACGAGGAUCAUAUGUCGUUGUCGACACAAAAGCGCUAGAUGAUCGGGAAAACAAGCUCCACGGGGAGAUUAUCAAUGUUGUGGGGGACGAAAAGGCCUGGCGCAAGGCCGCUUUCUGGCCGAAGGCAUUUGUCAAGCAAUCAUAUGGCGGCGCAUCGGAUUCGGAAGAAGAGGACUCGAGAGUAGGCAAGAUGCCAUCAUCAGACGAGGACGAGUGA